AUGGCUAAAGCUUAUCCUGGAAUCAUACUACUCUGCGCUUCCGUGGUGACAUCACCUAUCUCAGCUGCACUGAAACCCACAUCUGUUCUGAAGAGUCAGUUCCUGGGGCCAAGAUCUGACGCUGACGUAGGACCGUCAGAGGUCCUUCAAAAAUCCUCCCCUGACCUUUACAGAGAGGAGGAUCCUACCAUCCUUCGCGUCACUGUCACGUCCUCCGUUCAUCAGCUGACGCUAGCUGUCAAUCACGAAAAGAUUCUAGACCUGAGGACGACAGAGCACAACAUCACUACGAACACGGUCGAUUUCACCCCUUGGGACACAACCAGCGGUCUCUACGUAAUGGUUCUCAAUCCUUCCAAUGGACGUCUCAUGAUGAAGAGAGUUCUGAUGACCCAAGAAUUUGGUUCAUCUCUAGAAUUGCCAACUGUCUUGCAGUCUAUAACUCCGGGAAGAAUCUUAGUUAUGGCCAUCAAGAAUGACGCUUCCCUGAAUCUGUCGAAAAAGUCGAGGGAAUUCCUGACGGAGAUGGGCGUGUCUUCGGCAAUCGACUUGCAGUUUCGGCAGUCCCUGGCCUGGGUGGGAACCGUAGGUGGGCGGGUGUGGGCCGAGGCUACCAUACAAGAGAGGCGUGUGAAGGGCUUGGGGUGUCAGUGGUCCUCACCGGUCACACUUGAGGCGGAUGUACCUCGAUUGAUGAACGACGUCUCCAGCUGUUUCAACGGUGGUCAAGAGAAGGAGAGAGCUUCGUUCUGCGAUAAGUACGACGGAUAUGGGCAUCUUUGCUCCUGCGAGAAUCCAGCUCCAUUGUUUUACGCAGCUCCAAAGCUCGAGAACAGUCAAAUCGAAGGCGUGCCCCUUAUUAUAAUCGCCUCUAAUCGUCCAACAUACCUAUACAGGUGCCUCGUCAGCGUCCUUCGUCAGGCUGGGGGUACACUCGACAGGAUUCACGUGAUGGUUGAUGGUCGCCAUCAGGAAGUGGUUGAUCUUCUGCAGCUUCUGCAGGUUUCAUAUACCGAGCAUGACGCGACAGGAAUGUCCCGGGCUACAAGAAUAUCAGAUCAUUAUCGUCUUUCCUUAUCAACAGCAUUUUCGCUGUUUCCCAAAACCUCGAAAGUGAUUCUCUUAGAAGAGGACCUACUGGCUGGUCAAGACUUCUUCAGCUUCUUCAACCAAACAGCCUGGCUGCUGGACGAAGACCCUACUCUCUGGUGCGUCAGUGCCUGGAACGACCUCAGCAGUCUCCACAUAGCCCACGAUCCAGGCCUCUUGAGGCGUGUGGAGACACUUCCAGGCCUUGGCUGGAUGGUCACGAGGGAGGUUGCUCAAGAGCUCCUUUCGAAAUGGCCGUCUAGGGACAAGGAACAUGACUGGGAUUUAUGGGCGAGAAGCCAAGACGUCAUGAAUGGGCGAGAGUGCGUGGUGCCCGACGUAGGAAGGACCUUCCAUUUCGGCCUCAGUGGGACCCAUUCCCCUGGCCUCCUUCACGUGGCCUUCUUUGCAGGCAGACCAGUUCCUGCUCUUCCCUACGUAGAGCUCCACAAUGUACACAGGUUGAAAAUGGAGGAAUACGAAGAGGACCUCAUCCGGCGACUGGAGGAUGAUCCGCUGUACCUAAAUACUUCUUUACAUCCGUGUCAUCCGCUUUUCAUUCCGAGGAACGCGACGGGUGGCCGGCCAGUUCUCAUCUUCAUUGACAUGAGGACGUUCAUUGACUACAUUGCUUGGAAAGUAUUUGCCAGGUGCCUCGGACUUUGGGAUUUAGACACCAGAGCAAGUCACAGAGGACUUUAUAAUUUCUACUUCUACGACACGGAGGUCUUCGUCAUCGGCUAUCCCUUCAGCGACUACAGUUACUUGAAGCUUCCCUGGGUAAACGUUCUGGAAGUCAAGAAUAUUAGUUCGCUGAAGAAAUUCGACUACGUGGCCCCAUCCCACAGAUUUCGUUUCAGGCGACCGGAAGUUGAGGAGAUGGUCCAGUUCUGGGACGUUCCAAAACCCAGAUUUCCAACUUUCGAUGAAUCCCAGUUGAUUACGUGAAAUA